UAUACCUAUAUAUAAAUAUUAUAUCAGCUGUAGCAAAAUUCCUUCAAAUAAAAAUUUUCGGCAUCGUGCAUUGAUACAUUCAUUUGCUUAUUAUAUAUUUUUAAUCCUGUUUGCUGUCAAAAUGAACAACCAUAAAUCCGAGGAUCCAAUUCAGAUGUGUCAGAAGAAGCAGGGGCAGAAUCAGGCAGUAAAAGCCAAAAUUCUAGGCAUUUUACCAACCAUUGGAAGACCACGCAAUCCAAAUGCUAAAACCAAACUUGAACGUCAACGAGAAUACAGGCGACGAGCAAAAGAAAUUGAGAGGUUGGUUUUUGGUGAUAAAUAUUCGCUCAAAGAUAUCAAGAGCACUGAUGAAGUCGAUCCUUUGCAAGUGGCUGAAGAAUUGGACAACGAUAAACAACCAACUAUUACUAAGCCACCUAAUGUUAAUAAUCCCUCUGUUUUUGGUGGCAUAAAUUGUAAUAAUGAGUUGGCACAAACUGUCCUAUGACCAUUUUUUUUUAUAA